CAGUUUUGACCAUAAAAAAAAUGUGAAAAUUUGAAUUUUUAAUUCGACCCUUCAGAAAUCUGCCCCUUUGUGUAUUCUGUUUAAGUUUCGUUGUACCCCUGCACCAACAAACAGCUUGAAGGCGGAUAUAAGGAACGUAUUAGUCAUGUGACCCACAGAUGUAUAUAUUAAGAUGUGAAAGUACAUUUCCCUGCUAACAGAAAUGCUUUGUCUGUCUGCCAAGGAAGCCUGCGGAGUAGAGAUAAGGAAAGUAAAACAUAUACGCGAGGCUCUUCUGUCUGUAGGCCAGAUCUGUAGAAUAAUAUCAAGUGUUGCUGUUGUUGUAAUGAGAUGAAAUGGCAUGAUACAGCUUGGACUGAUGCCACCCACUGCCAGCACCGCAAAUUCACUCCGAGGACCGACCAACACUGAGGAUCUGGAAUCCAAUAGUACCAGAAGGCUCAUUUAUCUGGAAACGGAGCCCCAACAGCAGAAUUCCGAGAAUAAUUCAGGACUCCAUUGCCCCAGCAGAGUGCACUUCAUGGACUAGAGUAUGUGAAGUCGUUGUGCACAGAAAGGUAAAUGUGGCGCUGUGAGGUGGGGCCACAGAAAUAAGGAAAAAUGGAAUAACUAUCUCACCCGGAGUUCAGCCAGUAGAGAGAAAGAGUAUCUUCUCACUUGGCAGAGGGGGCAAGGAUUGUUUUGCAAUGUCUAGGCACCCACGUCCAGAUGUGGAGAUCUUCCAAGCUGCUUCCAGCGACUACACUGAGUUAAUGUCCAUCUCAGAAGGAAUAUAUAGGGGAGUGGAUCCUCUGCCUUUCAAGUACCAUGAGUGGUUGGCAGAUCCUCAGCGGAAGAUGUUCUUGGCCAAGUUUGAAGAACAAGUGGUAGGUUUCAUGUCCUUCCUGCUGGUAGAUAAUGGUACAACAGCUGUGGCUGAAGGUCUUCGUGUUGCCCCCUGGAUAAGAGGCUGUGGGAUAGCUAAAGCUUUGCAGAAGUUUUGUCUAGACAACCUGCGCUCUUACCACCCAAAGACCACCAGAAUUCGCUUUACAGGAUCAAAUGAAACCCCACCAACAAUACGCAGAUGCCAACAAGUUCAUUCUAAGUCUGUUAUCUCAGUGCAAAUUCCCUAUGACCAGAUGGAAGAAAAGAUCAAGCUGCUGGAGCAGAGGCUGGAGAGUGUAGGGGAAAGGAGACCUGUCGUUGCCCUGGGCCCUUCUGAGGUUCUACAUCUGUUUAAAGAACCCUCCCUCCCUACAGAGGGACUGCUUCCCAAUGGGCUUCUCAUCCAGAGUUGGGUUCCUCUCUCCACCCACAGAUCCAACCUAGAGUUAUUGUUAAGACGGGGUGUUGCCUGGUUCUAUUCCCAACCCCUUGAUUCAAGGAGCGAAUGUGCCAUUCAGUUCAGUACUUCCGAUUCUCUUUAUACACACCAGGAACCUUCUGAACCCUAUCCAGUGCCUCUUCUCCACUCUUCUAGCCUCCCUAGCCCUUCCACUCUCUCCUGCGGGUUCCUUAGCCUGGGCACCCCUCCAUUCCCUGUGCCUCUAGGAGAUGGUAUUCAUCGGUUUGACAUUGAUUUAUUUGGAACUGAUCCUAUAUCUGCCCAAACCCAUGUCCUACACCAGCUGAUUGAGAUGCAACGAGUGCUGCCAUCAGGGGCCAACGUUGUUUGCUACUUGUUUGCUGAAAAGAUUCUGAGUCCUGAACUUACUCAGUUUUUCCAGGGGUUAGAGCCGUUCUAUGAAGUAACAGAACAACAGGUGUUUGAAAGAGAGGUAUAAUUCCCAGGAAACUUACUGUAAAAUAAUCUCUAAUUUCAUGAUACAUUACUUUAUGGUUUUGUUGGGCAAAGUUUAUACACAUCAGAGGGUCUGGCUGAUUUGGCUGAAAAUACUACUAUGUGCCAUACCUAAAUGUGUCCCAUCACAAGGUUUAUGUAAUUCUUAAAUGUUCAAUUAUUUUUUUAUUUGUAUUUUUAAUUUGGUGCUUAUUUUUAUUGGCAAUGAGCUGGACGCAACAAUUGCCCCAUUAUUUGCCAAUAUUUUCAUAAAGCUGGUACCUAUUUUUAUUUUACAUAAAAAUAGGUACCAGGAUGGACUUGGCUGGCAGCAUACAGGGAAAAAAACCCAGUACAAUCUCUGCCUUUAUGGGUCCUGCCAACCUAGACCUGCUCCCUGUGUUUGGUGUUAUUGCUCCCCCACUCAUUUAAUGCUGCCCAUCCACAUCAGUUAAGGACAGCAAGAUAUAUAAGAAUGUAUGUUGUUGUGCGGGUGAGGGAGACAGAUGUCAGGAGGGGGCCCUGAGGUUACAAGGGGGCCCUUCCAAUUGCAGACCUUGUUGGCCAAGGAGACCAUAUCCUGACUGUGGCUUCUUAUUAUAGCUCUGUGGAUCUGCUUUUUAUUAUCUGAAAUGGAAUUUUGAUAUGAAAUUACAGAGCAUGCCAGUAAAUAUCUUCUUCUUGCACCUUCCAAUCUGUAAUUGUAAAAUAUGUAAAGUUGUUACCCAUGAGUAAUGUGAAGGCAUUACCCAUCCCUAACGAGCUCGGGGUAGUGAAUGUAUUUCUACCCCUGUUCCCUAGUCUAUAUAAUGAAAAUGAGCAGAUGCUUCUGUCUGUCUUUCCAUGUUAGAAAUGUUAGAUGGUGUGAGCUAGUGAGGGCAGCCUUGUGCUCCACCAAAGUUAUGAAGCAUGGGGUAGUUUAUAGGGCAACACCCACCAUAUUAUAAAGACUCCAGUAGAAAUAAAGAAUAAUCAUUACUAGUAAA